AUGUUGGCUCUAAGUCUCGGCCCAACCUGCCGGAUGGCUCCCAAGCUCGUGACUACAUUUCCCUUCAUAUUAGCAGCCAUGGGGAAGCUGUCAGCAGACAAGGAAGAGUCGGGAGCAGCCAUUGGAAGGUCAGGAGAAAGCUUGAGGAAGUUAGUAGCAGCCAUCGGGGAGUUGGCGGCAGCCAGGGUGGAGUUGGGAGCAGCCUUUGGGAAAUUGGCCACAGCCAAGAGGAAGUCGGAAAAAGACUUCAAGGAGUUGGCAGUGGUCAUGGGGGAGGUGUCAGCAGCCAAGAGGGAAGCAGGAGCAGCGUUUGGGGACUUGGCAGCAGCAGCCAUGGGGGAGUCGAAGAGGGAGUCAGGAGCAGCCUUUGAGAAGCUUGCUGAAGUCAAGCGGAAUUCAGGAGCAGUCUUGGGGAAGAUGGCAGAAGAUCUAGGAAAAAUGGCUGAAUCGGCUAUGUUAACAACAGAGCAAGUGGAGGGGGUGGCAGCAUCCGAGGUGAAGUUGGCAGAAGCCUUGGGGAUGAUGGGGAACGCUUUGGAGGAGUUGGGAGCAGCCGAGGGGGAGUUGGGGACAGCCGAGGAGGAGUUGGUAACAAUCGCAGAGGAGUUGGGAACAGAGGGGGGGUUGGGAGCAGCUGAGGGGGAGUCGGGAGCAGCCGAGGGGGGGUCGGGAGCAGCCGAGGGGGGGUCGGGAGCAGCUGAGGGGGAGUCGGGAGCAGCUGAGGGGGAGUCGGGAGCAGCUGAGGGGGAGUCGAGAGCAGCGGAGGGGGAGUCGGGAGCAGCUGAGGGGGAGUCGGGAGCAGCCGAGGGGGAGUCGGGAGCAGCCGAGGGGGAGUAG